GACUCCCUGGGGGCCAGCCAAUCCGGCCUGAGGGUCGUAUAUUUUCUCCCGUGCUCUUGGGACCAAGCCCUCACUCUCAAGCUAAAGGUGCCGGUGGGUCCCGAAGCCCGGGCGUUCCAGCUACGUUGGUCCACUUCAGUCUGGAAUUGCUACUUGGAUGUUGGGUGUUAAAGCCCAGAAGCCCCCUCCGGGCCAAUGGACAACGCCGCCCUUCGACCCGCGCUUCCCUAACCAGAACCAGACGCGUAACUGCUACCAGAAUUUUCUGGACUACCACCGGUGUGUGAAGACCAUGAGUCGCCGCGGAAAGAACACACAGCCCUGCGAGUACUAUUUCCGUGUAUUCCAUUCACUGUGUCCCAUCAGCUGGGUGCAGCGCUGGAAUGAGCAGAUCAAGCAGGGAACUUUCCCAGGCAAAAUCUGACCUUGCUUGCACUUGAGUACUGCUCACCUGGCGGCACCAACCCCCCCCAGUGACCACUGUCCCCUGAUCAAGCCCCAGCUUAGGUGGCCCCCCUCCUCCACUGUUUUUAUGCCACAAAUAAAGUUAUGGUGCUGCUAA